AUGAUGUCCUACCUGAAGCAGCCCCACUACGCCGUCAACGGGCUGGCGCUCGCCGCGCCCGGCAUGGACCUGCUGCACUCCGCCGUGGGCUACCCCGCCACGCCGCGGAAGCAGCGCCGCGAGCGCACCACCUUCACGCGGGCGCAGCUGGACAUCCUGGAGGCCCUGUUCGCCAAGACCCGCUACCCCGACAUCUUCAUGCGCGAGGAGGUGGCCCUCAAGAUCAACCUGCCCGAGUCCCGCGUGCAGGUCUGGUUCAAGAACCGCCGGGCCAAGUGCCGCCAGCAGCAGCAGCAGCAGAGCAGCGGCCAGGCCAAGGCGCGGCCCGCCAAGAAGAAGAGCUCGCCGGCGCGCGAGGCCGCCCCGGAGCCCGGCACGGCGGCCGCCGCGGCCGGGGGGGGCCCCUACAGCCCGGCGCCCCCCGGCCCCGCCGCCACCCCCGGCGCCACCGUCUCCAUCUGGAGCCCGGCGGCCGCCUCGCCGCUCGGCGACCCGCUCGCCGCGGGACCGGGGCUGCCGCGCGCGGCCCCCUUCGCCGGCGCCUACGGCCAGGCGCCCGCCUACGGCCCCGGCUACGCCGCCGCCGGCGCCUACUUCGGCGGCCUGGACUGCGGCGCCUACCUGUCCCCCGCGGCGCCCGGGGCCGCCCUGAGCCCCCUGGGCCCCCCGGCCGCCGGCGCCCACCUGGCCGGGCCCCCGGGCGCCUUCGGGCCGCCGGCGCUGGGCUUCGGCGCCGCCGACUGCCUCGACUACAAGGAGCCGGCGGGCGCCUGGAAGCUGGGCUUCGGCGCCGACUGCCUCGACUACAAGGAGCCCGGCAGCUCCUGGAAGUUCCAGGUCUUGUGA